AUGGAUAUGUUUACUAGAAACAACUCUUGUUCUUCCUGUGACACUUCACUGCAGAAUUCAGAUGGCUCUCACUGGAUGUCAAUUUCCAACGAUGAAAUACGGUUAGCUGCGACUACCCCGAAGAAGCCUGCAGGGAGAAAAAAGUUCAAGGAGACUCGCCAUCCGGUGUAUAGGGGAAUAAGGAAAAGAAACAAUGAUAAAUGGGUAUGUGAAAUGAGGGAGCCGUUCAAGAAGACUAAAAUUUGGUUAGGUACUUUCCCGACAGCCGAGAUGGCUGCACGAGCGCACGAUGUUGCUGCAUUGGCAUUAAGGGGCCGUUACGCCUGUCUCAAUUUCGCAGACUCAACUUGGCGCCUCCCUAAACCAGCUACUACAGAGGUAAAAGAUAUACAAAAGGCGGCUGCAGAAGCCGCUAAGGCUUUCGGACCAGAUCAAACUUUACCGAUUAAUGAUGUUGACACGGCUUUAACGGCUAAUGAUGUUGACACGGCUGUAGCUGCCUCUGCUACUGAAGAGCAGAAUAUGUUUUCUAUGGAAGUGGAAGAAGAGGGAGAGAUGAACAUGCCAGAAAUGUGGAGGAAUAUGGCACUAAUGUCUCCAACACAUAAUUUUGGGUAUCAUGAUGAGUAUCAAUACAUUGAUGAACAAGACUAUCAAGACCAAGAGAUAUCACUAUGGACUUUUUAA